UUGUUUGUUUCUCUUGGUUUCACACUGCAAAAGAGGCUAGAGAUGGAAGAGGGGGAGGAUGGUUACACAGCCCUACGCUUCAAAGGAAGAAGGAAAAGAUCAAAUGGAGCUUCUUCCAGGUCUUCUCCAUUUUGCCAUCCCUUGACCAUAUCCCUAGGAGUAGCGGUGAUCAUUCUGCUUGGGACUGUGACAGGUUUGGUUGUUCUGAUCUUUCAAGGCUCUAGUCUCAGCUGCCUCAACAGUGCCCAGAAUUUAUCUGAGGAACUCAGUGGAAACAACCAGAAUACGUCCGAUGACCUUCACAGAAGUACUGUGAAGAUGCUGGGCAAAUUAAAGGAACAUUUUUGUGGGGAGUUAGAGAGUGGGAAAGCAGAACAUGCCCAGUGUGAGUACUGUCCACUUGGAUGGGUUCUGCGCCACGGGAAAUGCUACUACUUCUCAGAGAAGAAAAAAAACUGGAGUGAUAGCGAGAGGUACUGCAACUCACAGGCAGGCAGCCUGGCUGUGAUUGACAAUGAGGAGGAGAAG